AUGGAGGAGAGUAAUCCUUUCGGCGAGGAUUUGCCGCUUCCACCGGCCCGGCUUUUUGAACGUUUAAGUCAACUGUACGGCUAUACGUGGGACCAAGCGAUCGAACCGUUUCAUUCGACAUACAAUUACUGGCAUAUCUCAGGAUAUCGUCAUGCCUUAGAGUCUGAUCGAUCGACCCCUCUCGCAAACUCCUCCGGCCCCGCCUCCUCUGGACCGUCGAGCCUCACUCGCUUCUCUCCUCGCACAGAAACCCGGCCGUCAGCUCGUGCCUUGCGGAGAUUGAGUGCAAGCGAAACUAGCAGUGAGGUUUCACUUUCGAACCACCAUAGUUUGGAGGCAGAAUCAAUAUGGAUACCUGUCGUCGCGCGUAUUUCCACGAACAUCAUCCGGCUCGAACGCGAGUUUCACAUGCUGAGAUCGAUCGUACAAUCGUCAGAUCCGGAUUGCAAUCAUACAAUACGACCGAUCGACCUGGUGCGAUUGCAAGCAGACUCCGACCAGUCGAAAACGCUCUUGGUUGCCAUUUUUGAAUCGCCUGGACAUGACAGAUUAAGAGAUCUGGUCACAUUUGGCCCUGCCUCAUUUGCGGCGGGGUCCAGAGGGGAAGGGAAUAACAGUACGCCCAACGAGCAGGUCUCCUUACAAGCAUUCUUUGACUUUGCGAUUGGCGCAUGUGAUUGCUUGGAGAUUUUACAUUAUGGCCUCAAAACAGUGCACGGUGAAAUCCGAGGAGAUGCCUUCCAUUUUUCUGCCGAGACUGGCGCAGUGAAACUUGCAAAUACCGGCAACGGUGCUAGAUCAUUUGACAACGUUCUCAGCGAUGGAUGGUCUUCAGUUUCGCGCGAGCUUGGAGCUAAGUAUAAGCUGCAGUUCAUCGCCCCGGAACAGACUGGAAGGAUGCCCACAGAGCCCGAUAGUCGCACUGAUAUCUACGCCCUGGGCUUGUUUUUCUGGUCCAUGCUGGUUGGAAAAUUGCCCUUUGAAGGAAAUGACCCAGUCGACGUUGUACAAAAUGUCCUAGGCAAGAGGUUAAUACCAGUAUCCGGAAAGCGAAUGGAUAUUCCGGACGCCCUCUCGGCCGUGGUUCAGAAAAUGACCCAAAAGGUCGUCCAUGAUCGCUACCACACGAUAUCAUCGGUGAAGAGAGAUCUGACAACUAUUGUAAAAUUGCUUGGAGAUGGUGACAGUGAAGCAUUGAACAAUUUCCAAGUUGCGCAAGGAGAUGUGUCUUCCUUCUUCACCCUUCCAACGCAAAUGUUCGGUCGGCAAGAAGAAUACGACAAGAUAAUCAAUGUCAUAAGAAAAGUCAAUCGGCGCCAGGCGGCGGCCCUGGCCAAAGCUGGAGUCCAAAGUCCUGGUACAACGCACGCCCUCACGUCAGCUUCGUCCAUCUCCGAGGGCCGCGUUGAAAGCUUCGAGUUUGCUUCUGUGUCCAGUGAUUCUGGAUCUUUCCAUCUGCAUCCUCGAUCGAUGUCCAAUGUCACCAGCCAUCACAACUCACAAACCAGCAACCAUGAAUCUUCACCGGGUAGUGAUACAUCGAAUUCAACCCCAAAGAAUGGCUCAAUUCAUAUCCCUGAUGUGUACGGCCAGAGUCCAAGAGCACAGUCGAGCAGAAUGAAAAGCCCAUCGCAUUCCAGAUCUUCGCAUAAUACAGAUCCCUCUGUUGGCCACCAGAGUCUACCGUCCACCAGCUACAAUACCGGCAGUCAAACGGAUUCAUUCCAUUCCAUGAAUAAACAUAAAACUGGUCCUAAGUCUCGCCACCAUGAGCGCUGUGAAGUAAUUACUAUCAGCGGUGCUGCCGGCAUUGGGAAAACGGAUCUCUUGAAUCGAAUCCAGCCAACAGCACGCAAACUCGGGUGCAUAGCGAUUACUCGUCUUGACUCAGCCAAACGCGUUCCAUUUGAACCAUUUGCCAAGCUACUGGCGAGUCUUUUGCGCCAAAUUUUCUCCGAACGUGAUGUGACCACGGACUACCACAACAGCGUUCGGAUGGCCUUACGACCGAUGUGGCCGACUCUCCACAGAGUCUUGGAACUCCCCGAACAGUUGAUGUCUCCCGGUGCGAAAUACAGACCCACUGAUGCGAAAUCUAACCUGUUCCUGCCAGACAAGGGCGAGCCAUCCAAACACGUUAACAUUCCCGGGCUGGACCAGGGCCAGAGUUCUCUCGAUUUCUUCUUAUCCAAUGCUGCCUCAAAGAACAUGCGGCUGAUGGAGACAUUCCUUGAAAUUCUGAGAACGCUGUGCCAAUUCAAACUGAUUACUAUAUGUCUGGAUGAUCUUGAACAUGCGGAUGAUGAGACGUUAGAUUUGGUAUUGAAGAUCAUCAAAGCACGACUCCCCUGUGUGGUUAUACUGGCAAGUCGCAAAGAUGAGAUUGCCUCUGAGCAGGUGAGGUCUUUGUUCGAUCAAGAACUACCCACGAUCACUCGAAUUGCACUUGAGCCGCUAGAAGAGCAGCAUGUGAUGGAAAUUGUGGCGGUGACUAUGCAUCAGCAACCCAACCAAACACUGACUCCGCUUUGUGCGGUCAUUCAGGAGAAGAGUCGAGGAAAUCCUUUCUACGUCCGUGUAAUGCUCGAGACUUGUUACAGAACGAACUGUAUUUGGUAUUCAUGGAAAGACUCGAAAUGGUUGUUUGAUCUCGAUCGGAUUUUCACGGAGUUUGUGGCGCCAGAAUAUGGGGAGGGUCUGGGACUUGGGUUCCUUACCAAGCGUCUACAAGGCAUUCCAUCUGCCGCCCGAUCAAUUAUGGUCUGGGGAGCACUUCUGGGCAGUCCAUUCUCGUUUUCCUUGGUACAAAAGCUCUUGACGAGUGAAUUUCUCUACUCAACCGAUGAAGAUAAAGAUACCGAUCUCACGUCACCACAAAAUUCUACACUACUCAGACAAUCCGAAGGUGAUAUAAUUGUUGGGUUGCAAUUCUUGGUUCAAGCAAAUCUUUUGAACGCCGGGAAGACGGAUGACGAGUUCAGAUUUGGCAAUGAACGUCUCUCACAGGCUGCUCUCUCUUUAGGCGAGAGUCAAAAUAUUGAGAAGAUGCAUUUUAUCGUCUCACAGGUGUUGAUGAAGUAUUAUCAUGAUCAUCGCAGUCUUUACUCAAUGGCUCAUCAUGUGGCACUGGCCUCACGGACAAUCAAAGUCCGCGUUGGCAGGCGACUCGAAUACCGUCGCAUCUUAUGGGAUGCUGGACAAACUGCUUCUCAAUCAGGCGCGCGGACCUCCGCACUCUGGUACUUCCGUCAUUGCAUUGCUCUACUCCAGGAUGAUUUGUGGAAUGACCGCAAGCCCGACGUUUAUUACGACGAGACCUUGCGGCUGUUUAUCGCGACUGCCGAAAUGGCGUGGUCUCAAGGGCAAAGCGAAGAGGCUAUUCAGUUGAUCGACGAGGUCUUUGCUCAUGGCAAAGACGCCAUAGGUAAGUCCAGAGCCUGGAUCAUCAAAGCCAAGAUCUUUGCCCAGGUCGGCGAUCAUCACCGCUCCAUGGAGGCACUCCUCACUUGCCUUGACGAACUUGGUGUGCAUCUUCGUAAACCCACAACUUAUGACGAGUGUGAUGCCGCCUAUCUUCGCCUGAAAUCUUAUCUUGAGACUGCCGACUUGAGCUCUAUCGCGCAAAAGCCAAUCUCUCAAAACCCCGUUGUGAUGACCAUUGGUUCAGUGAUGGCAGAGGCUAUGACAGUCACUUACUGGGACGACGCAUUGACAUUCUAUCGGAUGGCAAUUGAGGUGAUGAACAUUCAUAUAUUUAAAGGUGGAUUCACACAGAUCGCAAUUGGGUGCUCCCAUCUCGCCAUGAUCUCCAUGAGUCGGUUUAACGAUGUUGAGUUUGGCUCUAAGCUGAGCGAUCUCUCCUUGGAAUUACUUGAACGUUGCCCCGAACUUUGGACACAGAGCCGAGGUUCGAUCGUCCAUAACCUCUACGUCAGCCAUUUGCGUGUUCCUAUGGCGUCGACACUCCCAGCUUUGGAAGCCUCCCUCGAGGCGUCUUUCUCGAUGGGCGAUCCUUAUCUAACUUUGAUCAGUAUCUCUUCCAUGGCUAUGACACGACUGUACCUUGGUCAAGACAUGGCCCAAUUGGAAGCUUUCUGCAUAGAGACACCCGAGGAAAUCCCCAUGUGGCAACAAGAUACCCGCGGCGGAGCUAGUCUCAUUGCAGUUCAACAAGUUGCCCGCGCGCUUCAAGGCAAGACUGGUUUCCGGUCUGCUGAUGAUGUUAUGUCGGACGCCGAGCACAACACAUCCGAGUUCAUGGUGCACCUGGAUGCCCAUUCCAGCAACGCCGAUAGACCUCGCGACAUCUAUUGGGGUCUUGCGAUGAUCCCUCUUUUCUUGUUCGGCCACCACACCAGAGCUAUCGAAGUUGGCACUCAAUUGCUGUUCACACGGCACCGACUUUGGUCUGCGCGUGUGUCUUAUGUGAUUCAGUUCUAUUUGGCGACCUCUCUCCUUAUGCUUCACAAUGAUAACCCUGCCCAAGGAUAUCUUGAUGGCAAGAUGGAUACGGUUCUAGAAUACAAACGCGUGAUUGAUUUUGCUCGAAAUUCCUCAGAAGCAAAUUACGGAAUGUGGGCUUUGAUUCUGGAAGCCCUAAUAUCUGAGGUUCGCAAUGAUCACAGCGCAUCUAUCCAGAAUUAUGAAGCUGCGAUCGACCAUUGCCAAAUCCAUGGUUGGCCACUCGAAGAAGCAUUGGCACUUGAGCUGCAAGGCGAGUUUCUGGUUAGACGUGGAGCGAAGAGAGCAGCUCGCGCUGUGAUCCAAGAGGCCAUUGCUGCAUGGAGCUCCAUCAGUGCUACAGGGAAAUCAACACAACUGGCCGAGAAGCAUGAAUGGUUACUUAAGACAGCCACCUCGGCAAAGACUGUUGACGUUGGCUGUCAAACCAUGGAUUCGCUGCUUGAGAUUGGCCGUGAGGUUGCACCGGAGGAGAUAUUGAUUCCUCAGCAAAUGGAAGAAGACGAGAGAAGACACCAGUGGAUCGAGCAAAAUGGCGUUGCGGCUGGAGAGCGGUCUUUGGACAUAUCAAGUGUCGGGUUGGAUAUCAUCGACUUAUCCAGCAUCCUCGAGUCUAGCCAAGUCAUGUCAUCUGAACUCCAAAUUGACAAACUUUUCACAAAAAUGCUUGAGAUUAUCUUGGAGUCAUGCAAUGGCUCCGACUUUGCAAUAAUUGCCACUGACUUCGAUGACAACGGCUUCGCAAUCGCCGCAGCUGGUGAUGCCGAGAAGGGACAAAAGUCGUUCCCUGAAGGUCUGCCAUUCUCUGAAAUGGAGGAUCGGAUGGCCUUGCACAUCUCGCAUUAUGUAAUGCGAACAAAGGAGGAAGUUCUUGUUCACAACGUACUCGAAGACGAACGCUUCUCUAAUGUCAAUGAGUCCUACUUGGCAAAUUUCCCGGCGGGUCGGUCUGUCAUAGCACUGCCAGUCGUGCAAGGCGAUCAUCUUCUUGGUGUCAUUCACUUGGAAGGAAAGCCCCACUGGUUCACACAGCGCAACGUUGUCGUAUUGCAUUUGCUUUGCAAUCAAGUCGGCAUUUCGUUGUCCAACGCUUUACUUUUCCGUGAAAUUCGUAAGGUCAGCGCCAAGAAUGCUUCCAUGAUUGAAUCUCAAAAGCGCGCACUGGCGCUGGCACGCGAAGCGGAACAAAAGGCAAAAAAUGCUGAAGCCGAAGCUAAGCAUAACGUGAAGCUCAAAGAAGAUGCGGCCAGGGCCAAAUCAAUUUUCCUUGCAAACAUCUCUCAUGAUCUGCGUACGCCCAUGAACGGUGUUAUAGGUCUGUCAGAACUCCUCAAAGGCACACCAUUGGAUAAAGAGCAAGAUGAAUAUGUUGAAUCAAUUCGUGUGUGCGCUGAUACUUUGCUCACCCUCAUCAACGACAUUCUCGACUUUUCAAAGCUUGAGGCUGGCAAAAUGAAGAUCUCAACAGUCCCACUCAACCUUAAACAAACCAUCUCAGAGGUCAUUCGUGCUCUGCGAUACACGCAUCGUGACAGAGGGCUGGAGACCAUCGAAAAUUUGGACAAAGUUCCACCGGAGCUCGUUGUUCUUGGAGACCCUGUCCGUUUGCACCAGAUCUUCAUGAAUCUUCUUAGCAACAGUUACAAAUUCACACCUGCCGGCUCAGUAACGGUCAGGGCCCGGGUUGCUCGUGAAGGCAAAGGUCGUGUUCGCCUUGAAUGCUCCGUUGCCGAUACCGGAAUUGGUAUUCCAGACGAACAAAAAGCACGCCUCUUCCGACCAUUCUCACAAGCCGAUCCAUCCACCGAACGAUCUUAUGGCGGCAGUGGUCUUGGUUUGUCAAUCUGCAAAGCUAUUAUUGAAGAUGUUCUUGGCGGAGCUAUUUGGCUUGAAUCAACUUCCGGCGUAGGAACGACCGUGACAUUCCACCUCGUUUUCAACAAAGCGCCCAAGAAGACAGUUGUACAAACUGCAUGGUCUCAAGAUCUGAACGAAGCCGAAAAGAAUUCGCGCCGCACAUCAGCUCGUGAUCUCACUCAGAUCCCUCGGGAUCAGAUUCGAGUAUGCAUUGCGGAGGACAACCCGAUCAAUCAAAAGAUCGCCGUCAAAUUCGUCACCGGUCUCGGCCUCGAAUGCGAAGCAUACAGCGAUGGCAAACAAGCGGUGGAUGCCCUGCGCGCAAGAUCCGCAGAGGGAAAUCCCUUCCAUGUGGUUCUCAUGGACGUGAUGAUGCCCACCCUUGACGGAUACAACGCCACCCGCGAGCUACGUCGUGAUCCCGAUCCAAACGUGAAUGAAGUCCUAGUCAUUGCCAUGACUGCCAGCGCCAUUGAAGGCGAUCGUGAGAAAUGCCUGGAGGCCGGCAUGAACAAUUACCUUCCGAAACCGGUUCGCUCGCCCAUCCUGAGCGAACUUUUAGACACAUAUCUCGCCCCCGUGCCCUCUUACCCUAAAUCUCGUCUUGCCAUUCGAGAAAAGCGCUCCAGAGCAAGCAUGGAUGCUGGUGCUGGUACACCUACCAGUUUCUCCUCAUCGGCCUCAGACGAGCCGAAGCCCUUGUCUUUGUCUCUGGAAAAGAAAUGA